GCCGUCAGCGCGGCUGCAAAGCUGUUCCCGAGGCCGAGCUCCCAAAGAUCUGCCAGCAUCACUCCUGAUGUCUCGAGAGCAAGGUGCGGUUUCUUCUGGGCAGAGAGAUGCCGCCUGUGAGCACGAGAAGAGUGAAUUCUACCCCACUCCUGGAGCUGCCAACGAGCCCCGGCAUCUCCAGGAGGGACCAGCAGCCGCACUUCCACACUUGCCUGGGGCCCAAGAAGCCUCUUGGAAUAAGCAGGGGGAUGCCACUUGUGAGCGUGCCUUGAGUGCAGAUGUGGAGAAUGGAUUCUGCACCAGUGAUGGGAGUGUGAGGGAGCCCCUGGCUCCCCAGGGCACAGCAGCAGCAACGGGCAAUGAACACAAAAGCAACCUCAGAAGACUCCUGGGUGAACGGUUCAGGUGCCAUCCCGUGGGCACGGCGGUGCUGAUUCUGCUGCUCUUGGUGCUGGUGCUGGCUUUGGGGGCGGCCUUGGCUGUGCUGGCAGCACCACAGGUUCCAGUCACCCCUGCCACUCUGCUGUUGGUUCAGGGCUGUCCCCAUGGCUGGGUGGGCUACAAUGGGGUCUGCUACUACUUCUCACGGGAUUACAGCACGUGGGAGCAGGGUCAGGAACGGUGCUCCGAGCUCAAUGCCUCCCUGGCCAUUGCCCAGGAUGAGGAGGCCAUGGAUUUGCUCUUCCGCCUCCGCGGGAACGGCGAUUUCUGGCUCGGGCUGCGCAGACGGGGCGAGCGCCUGCACUGGGGGGACGGCAGCAGCUACAGCUCCCGGGUUCCUGUCCUCGGCAAUUCCCAGUGUGUGUACCUGGCUGACGGGAAAAGAUUCAGGAGUGAGAUGUGCUCAAGUGAGCGGCCGUAUGUCUGCAGCAAGGCCCAAGCUCCCCUGUAACAGGGGCUGCACAAAGGACCUUCUCCACGCUGGGCAGUGCCAGCUUCACCUCUGAGCCCAGCACAGCGCUGUCCUUCCUCAGCUGCGCCCUGUGCCUUGCACUUCCUCUCAGGGUCACCUCAGUGCCUCUUCAUCCCCAGCGCCAACGCUGGGCUGGGACUGCAAAGGAAAAGUCUCUGCAAUCCAUCCUGCCACCGAUGCUGCCUGCAGUGAGUGCAUUGCCCUCAUGAGGCAACAAGCUCCAAUAGGAAAUCCAAAUGUGCCUGGCCUCUUGGAAAUCAUCACAAACUGGUUGAAAUGAAGUGACACUAUUGGACUGUCUUUGGAAGAGGAGGAAGAACCGCUGAAACGUGCCGAGCAGGAAUCCCACUUUCAGCAUUAGGCACCUGACUCUGAAGAAGGGUGUUUUGGUCUAUCUUUCUGUCUGUCAGCUCUUGGCUCUUUAUCUGUGUCGCCUUUGGAGGAGGACGGUUGGAGCUGCUGCUUGGGGAAGGGAAUUCGCUGCCACCGCCACAACCCAGCCCAGAGCUGCUUCUCCUGCUGUGGGGCUGUGGCUGAGCCUGUGCUGGUGAGAGCAGCCCCUGCACGGGCCCCUCAGUGUCACCCCUCAGUGCCGCAGGGCCCUGUCCCCCCUGCUCGGGUGCCCGGGAUCCUGAGCUCGCCUCUCCCUGCCCUGCUCACACCCGGCUGCCGCUGCCGCGGCCCCGCUGCCCCUCGGGCGCUGCUCCGAGCUUUGGCUGCUCCGGAGCUGCGAGGAACGGAUUUGUACAGAAUCUUAAAAAUUGAUAGAAACUUCACACGGUCUUGUAUAUCUAUAUGCAAAUAUUGAGAUCAGGUGUGUUGACUUAGGAAAGCUAUGGAAUAGAGGUGAUAUUGUUGAGAGAGAGAUUGAACUAGAAAUGUGUUUUAGUAACUUUUUAAAGAAAGAGUAGAUAUUUUAGAGAAUUAGAACCAGAAAAGAUGCAUUGUAAUAGGACUCCCUGAGGUACAAAUAGAGGUGAUUUCUGUUAGAAGUAAGAGAAAU